CUUUGCUUAAUAAUUUUUCAGGAAUUUUGGAAAAAGAUGGGUCAUAUGGGCCUUUUGGGUAUAACUGCAGAUCCAGAUUAUGGUGGCUCUGGGAUGGGCUACUUUGACCAUGUACUUGUCAUGGAAGAGCUUUCCCGGGCUGCCGGCGGUAUUGCUCUUUCUUAUGGAGCUCAUUCCAAUCUGUGUGUAAAUCAGAUAAAUCGUAAUGGAACACAGGAACAGAAAGAAAAAUAUCUUCCAAAGCUCUGCUCGGGUGAACACAUGGGAGCCUUAGCUAUGUCAGAACCUGGCUCAGGGAGCGAUGUAGUUUCUAUGAAACUAAAGGCUGAUAAAGUUGGUGACCAUUAUAUACUAAAUGGUAAUAAGUUCUGGAUAACUAAUGGACCAGAUGCUGAUGUUCUUGUGGUAGGUACUGUUUGUAUAAAUGAUGUUAGUCACCAAAUUUUCCUUUUAACCCCUUGAAUGAUCUAUUUUUUU